CCUUUUACCCAUACAGAGACAGAUAAAUAGGAUUUCCAGUCCCUGGAUGAAGUGCUUGGGAAGUCUUUAAAUGCCAUUAUCAACUGCCAUUUCAGAGAAAAGAAAAUAGAUGGUUUUGGAAAGUUCAUGCUGUUUCUUCAUUGAAUUUUAGAAUGAUUGAAGAUAGUGGGAAAAGAGGAAAUACCAUGGCAGAAAGAAGACAGCUGUUUGCAGAGAUGAGGGCUCAAGAUCUGGAUCGCAUCCGGCUCUCCACCUACAGAACAGCAUGCAAGCUUAGGUUUGUUCAGAAGAAAUGCAAUCUGCACCUGGUGGACAUUUGGAAUGUCAUAGAAGCAUUGCGGGAGAACGCCCUGAACAAUCUGGACCCAAACAUAGAACUCAACGUGGCCCGCUUGGAGGCUGUGCUCUCCACUAUUUUUUACCAGCUCAACAAACGGAUGCCAACCACUCACCAAAUCCACGUGGAGCAGUCCAUCAGCCUCCUCCUUAACUUCCUGCUUGCAGCCUUCGAUCCGGAAGGCCAUGGUAAAAUUUCAGUAUUUGCUGUCAAAAUGGCUUUAGCCACGUUGUGUGGAGGGAAGAUCAUGGACAAAUUGAGAUAUAUUUUCUCAAUGAUUUCUGACUCCAGUGGGGUGAUGGUUUAUGGACGGUACGACCAAUUCCUUCGGGAAGUUCUCAAACUACCCACGGCGGUUUUCGAAGGUCCUUCAUUUGGUUACACAGAACAGUCAGCUAGAUCCUGUUUCUCCCAGCAGAAAAAAGUCACGUUAAAUGGUUUCUUGGACACGCUCAUGUCGGACCCUCCCCCGCAGUGCCUGGUCUGGUUGCCUCUCUUGCAUCGACUGGCAAAUGUAGAAAACGUCUUCCAUCCGGUUGAGUGUUCCUACUGCCACAGCGAGAGUAUGAUGGGGUUUCGCUACCGAUGCCAACAGUGUCACAAUUACCAGCUCUGUCAGGACUGCUUCUGGAGGGGACAUGCCGGUGGUUCCCAUAGCAACCAGCACCAAAUGAAAGAGUACACGUCAUGGAAAUCACCUGCUAAGAAGCUAACUAACGCAUUAAGCAAGUCCCUGAGCUGUGCUUCCAGCCGUGAACCUUUGCACCCCAUGUUCCCCGAUCAGCCUGAGAAGCCACUCAACUUGGCUCACAUUGUGCCUCCCAGACCUGUAACCAGCAUGAACGACACCCUGUUCUCCCACUCUGUUCCCUCCUCAGGAAGCCCUUUCAUUACCAGGAGGUUACCUGAGGGGAUAAGUGCAUCCAGCCCUGUGGCUGAAGAGCAUUCCCUCAUCAAGCUGUGUGUAAAUCAGCUUGAGCACGGUGCACGCUCUCCUCCCAAGGACAGUGAAGUAGAGCAGAACAAACUGCUGGCUAGGGCUGCUCCAGCUUUUCUGAAGGGCAAAGGGAUACAGUACAGCCUGAAUGUGGCAGACAGGCUAGCUGAUGAACAUGUUCUCAUCGGGUUGUAUGUCAACAUGCUCCGGAACAACCCAUCAUGCAUGCUGGAGAGUUCAAACCGGCUUGAUGAAGAACACAGGCUGAUCGCCAGGUAUGCGGCACGGCUGGCAGCAGAGUCCUCCUCGUCUCAGCCAACUCAGCAGAGAAGUGCUCCUGACAUCUCCUUCACCAUUGAUGCAAAUAAGCAACAGAGGCAGCUGAUCGCAGAACUAGAAAACAAGAACAGAGAAAUCUUACAGGAGAUCCAGAGACUUCGGCUAGAGCAUGAACAAGCUUCUCAGCCCACACCAGAGAAGGCGCAGCAAAACCCCACCCUGCUGGCAGAACUCCGGCUCCUCAGACAGCGCAAGGAUGAGCUGGAACAGAGAAUGUCUGCUCUCCAGGAGAGCCGGCGAGAGCUAAUGGUGCAGUUAGAAGGUCUCAUGAAGCUACUAAAGACGCAGGGGGCAGGCUCUCCCCGCUCCUCCCCAGCCACACCAUCAGCAGCCAAUCCCAUGCCCAUCCGGUCGGCGUCUACCUGCUCCACCCCAAUGCACACGCCGCAGGACUCUCUCACAGGGGUAGGGAGGAAUGUACAAGAGGCGUUUGCACAAAGUAAGUUCCAGAAGAAUUUAAGAAAUGAUUUGCUAGUGGCAGCAGAUUCCAUCAAAACCAUGUCUUCUCUUGUGAAAGAGCUGAAUUCUGAAGGGGGGAGUGAAACAGAGAGUAAUGUGGAUUCUGAAUUUGCGCGGAGUCAGUUUGAGGACCUGGUUCCAUCACCAACCUCUGAAAAGGCUUUUCUAGCACAAAUCCAUGCCCGAAAACCUGGGUACAUCCACAGUGGAGCCACCACGAGCACCAUGCGCAGUGACAUGGUUACAGAAGAUGGGGAUCCCUAUGUGCGGCCAGAGGAUGAAAAUUACGAAAAUGACUCCGUCCGACAGCUGGAGAACGAGCUCAAGAUGGAGGAAUACCUGAAGCAGAAGCUGCAGGAUGAAGCUUAUCAGGUCAGCUUGCAAGGUUGAAUGCAAUAUCCUUUUAUCACUCUCCUCUCAAGCGAGCUAUAGUCAGACAGAUGAUGAAAGUAACAUGAGAACUGGUGAUGAUGGCGAGCCCUGUGCCCACACAGAGGAGGAAGACAGCGGCCUGGCAGCAGUGUCACCGAGGAGAGGAACCGCCACAUGCAGCCGCUCCUGACAAACCCCUACCCCUAAAGAUGUGUUCUGAUGACUAUAGUGCAGCUAACUUUUUGUUCUAAGAUUUGUAGUUCGUAGGUGUGUGUUUUGAGAAGGAAAAGGAAAGACUUCUGUUCAAAGCUAAUUUAUCAGCUACAUCUUCUGUAACAUGGCUCAUCCCUGGUUAAAAAAAAAAAAAAAAAAACCACAGGCUGAAAACCUUUGCUGCUGUUACACACGAUGGCAGUAUUAACAAGCAUUUUAAACCUUUGCACAUGCUAUCAAACCUGUUCAGUUUACAAUGACAAUAUUAAUACUGUUUAUAGCUAGAAGUUUGAUUUCUGGAUUCUUUUGAGAUUUUAGCAAAACAGUAUAUUAUACACUGUACAUUUUUUUUUCCAUCUCUAUUGGAAAAAAACAACCACUUCACUAGCCCCAAAGGAUUUGGUUCCUGAGUGCACAAAAUCAGAGCCCGGAAGCCAAGAAUGGUCCUUGGCCUGCACGGUCUGCAGUUGUCUCCAAGUCCCUGUGAGCAGUGACUGGAACCAAACACACCAGGAAUAAUCUAUUCUUUGGGGCUUCUUUCCAACUUGGGGUUGUUUUCUUUCAAGAAACUCUAAUAAAUCAGCCAUAGAAUUUAGUGUAAAUAUUUUUUCCAAGUAGAUAUCAUAUUCAAAAAAAAAAAGGCAACAUUCAAAUUAUAUAGAAUCUAGUUUUUAAAAUCAGCACAGAUCUUCUUAAAAACUGUGAACUAUGUUUUGAAAUACUCGUUACUAAAGCUGUUUAUAAACCACAGGUGCCAUAAGAUCCCCAAACGGACUAAAGUUAUCUAUGCUCUUCCAUGGUCUUGUUCCUCUCGUUCUGGCUUUAGGAAGCAUGUCUUUAACAGCACCGCUCAUUCACGAGUUCCCCCAACAGGCGGUUUGGAGGCCUUCAGCUUUAAAUGUACAGGCUUAAAGUGCGCUUGCAAACGUUCGCUCUCCUUUUAUUUCUGAAUGUUUAUUGCCUUAGCUGGCCACCUGGUGUUCUGCAUGCAGCCUUCUGUGGUCACGUGAAAGGAGACAGGCUCUUCCAAGUUGAGUUGGGAUUUUGCACUCAGCGAAAAGCUGAAGUGUGAAAGAACUGUCAAAGACAAGAAGACAAAAGACUCUGUGAUGGUCCUUUAUGAAGGCCCUCUUGAGGGAAACCUCAAGACUCCCUUAGGGACCCUGGGAGAAAUGGAAAAAGUAAUCUACUUGUUUCAUGAUUUGAUUUAAAAAAAGAAAGAAAAAAGAAAAAAAGCCUGCAGUAUAUUGGAUACAUUAUACUUAAAUUAGCAGCUUCUCUGGAAUUCCCAUUUCUCCUUUAAAGAGAAAGAACAUCAUUUUAGAACAGUGGUUCUCAAAGUGUGUUCCCUGGACCAGCAGUGUCAGCAUCACCUAGGAAGGUCUUAGAAGUGCAGAUUCUUAGGCCCCUACCCAGGUCUACCUGAAUCUGAAACUCUGGGGGUUGGACCCAGCAGUCUGUGUUUUCAUCAGCUCUCCAGGUGAUUCUGAUGCAUGCUAACAAUUAACUAUUGCUUUAGAAUACAGUUGUAUAAUUAAGUCUCUGAAAAGGCCUUAUUCAGAAUAAGGAAGAAAGGUUCUGAGUCAACCCCAAAGCUUCGGUGAUUCAAUUUUGCUUCCAGGGCUGGCAAAAACCUUCUCCCAGCCUACACACCUAGUGUGUAGCUGGUGGGCACCCAGCUGAGUCCUGACAUUUUCCAGCACCCUUUUGCAGAGGCUGUGAGAUGUUCAUAUACCUGCAUUUGGUGAGAAACCACCUCCUUAGAUGCCCUUUGGAACAAAAUUGCUCACCUUGGGAUAGUAAAAUACUUGUGUGGCAUUAGGAAGGAGCCCAUCCUAUCCCUUGAUGUACUUUAUCAUACUUCCCCCCAGAGAACCCACCUGAUAAAUGUCCCUGAGCACAGGCUGACACCAAAGUGGCACAACUGCACAGUUCUCAGAUAUCUUUGCACAGAUGGGUUUUAUUGCGGGUUUUGUUGGUGUGUCUUAAUGUUCAUCUCUUUUCCACUGCCCAUCCUCUGGGAAGCCAUACCUCUCUAAAUGGAGCAGGUGGCCACUGGUGCCUCAUACUCAGUACUGAAAACCACGACAUCCCAGCUACCUACAUUGCUGUCAGCUCAAAAUCAUAGCCAGGUGGCUCUGGAACUCAGACCCCUGCCCGUGGCACUCAGCCACUGACUGGACCGAGCUGACAUGCAUCAUCUCUUUAUGUUUCUACACCAAAACGUUCGUCUAAGGUUUGAACUGUUCUACUGAUAACCUUCCCCCCUUGUCAUAGCUUUCAUUGCCAGCCAACUCCAUCACAUGGUUGUUGAUGCCAUCGUACAAAGCCAUUGCAAGGACUCUGGAAACUGCCGCCAAUGACCAAUUUCUGACUAACCAGCCACCUUUUCUUUCUCUUAGCUCCACGUCAGCACUGAGACCAGACUCAAGCACCCCUGUCCUGUAACCGAGACAAAAUGGCGUGUGUUGUUUUGGGUUUUUGUGUUUUUUGGUGGAUUUCUUUCCUUGGCUCUCCAAAUUUACUUUUGGGGCCUGUUCUAAGUGCAAACCCAGCAGGUUUCACCUGUCCUGUCCAUUAGCUACAGCUAUAUCUUACGGGGGUUGUUUCUUUCUUGUUCCACAAUGAAUUGCACAUCCAUCUCCUUCAGAGCUGAUGGCCUAUUAAUGAGCACUAGUCUAACACAGCCAACCCUCCCCCACAGCACUGUGUUAAUGGAGGAAGGGAGGAAGGUAAAAUCUACUGCAUGGGAUUCAGGAAUCAGUUGUGGUUGGUCAGGACGGAAGUUGGGGUAAGUUUGGUUGGUCAGAGGGAGAUGUGCUGGAGAUUGUGAAAAAUGGAUUCUUGAAUGAUCUCCUAUAAGGCAGGGAAGGUUCAUUUGUAAGUAGUAAUGUGAACUGAAUUGCAUUAAGAGUAUGUGGCCUUGUUGUGAUAUACUAUGUAUUUUCUUAUAUGCAUGAGCUGAACUGUUGCAUCAUAAUUUAGCACUGAUGUCUGCUUUUAUUUUGAUCAUCUUCGUCCACCCACAUUAGUUCUUGGCUGUUAACUGUAGAUAGAUCUUGUAAAUUCGGCAGGCCUUGGUUGCAACUUUGACCUUGGUUUGAUUCCACGCAAGGAGCCACCAACAAGAAUUCCAGUGUCCUCAGAAGAAAGGGCGUUUUUACUUUUGAACCAAAAAGAGAAAGAAAAAAAUCAGAAGCAUUACACCUUGAAAUUAAUUAACUAUAAGAUAUUUUUAAUUAUGACUACUGCAAUUUGACACCAUUUGAAAUAACCAAUUCAGAGACAUUAAAGAUUUCAUGAUAUUCAUUGGUAUUGUAACAAAACUACUAUUGUAUGGGUUUUUUUGUAUUGCUGUUAAGUAUUGUUUUGUGUGUGUGUGUGUGUGCGUGUGUGUGUUGGAACCUCCUGGGGACAUGUUAUAUUUUGAAGUGAUUAAACUAUUUAAUUGUGUGUCUAUAUUUUGGAAUGGAAUUAUUUCUUCAUUAAAAAAAUGUUUUUAAAAACACUA